GAUCAUGGAGGAGGUCUGGUGUCUGGGAUGUGGGGAGUGUUUGGAAAGGAGGACUGCAUCAGAUAGUGGGCAAACACUACUGGUAGCUUAAAAACAUACCCACACACACACACACACACACACACGUCUCCCAAGGGCUUCAGUGAGAACGAGGUAUAGCCCUGUCUCUGCUGUGUGUAGCUUCUGAUCAAACAGAGUUGCGAGUCUCGUCCUCUGGCUCCAUGGCUGCCCUGUUCUGCGGCGUGCUGGUGCUGCUGUGUGGCCUUGACUCUGCAUGGGCCACAUUAGUCACCGAUAUGGACUAUGGUGGCAUUCCUCUGUGGAUUAACCGCCUGCUGGGCGAGCCCAGCGUUUUAAGUCUGCAGGGAAGGAUUGACCCGGCCUGGUUUCGAGCUAACAAUGACCAGGCCUGUCCUGAGCAGUGUGACUGUCCCAUCCACUGGCCGACGUCGCUCUACUGUGACAGCAGAGGCCUUGAAAGCCUCCCCCAGGGCCUGCCGCAAGCAACCCAGUACUUGUUUUUACAGGGCAACAAGAUCUCAUCCCUGUCCUACCCCGUCCUGGCUAACAUCACGGGGCUACGCUGGCUAAUCAUCGACAACAACCAGCUGGAGAGCAACGAACUGGAGCUGGCCUCUCUGCAGAACCAGACUCAGCUGCGCUACUUUUUUGCGAACCGCAACAACCUGAUGUGGGUGCCUGGCGUCUUACCGGCCGGACUCAAACAGCUGCGGCUGGCCUACAACCGAAUCAGCAGCAUCAGCCCCGGAGCUUUCCAGAACCUGCAGGACCUGACGCUUCUGUUGCUGCAGGGAAACAGGCUGCAGACCAUCACAGAGGGCGACCUCAAAGGUCUCGUCAGGCUGAAUCUGUUGGACAUCAGUGGGAAUUUGUUCUCAGCCGUCCCCAGCCAUUUACCUCCCUCUGUCCAGCAGCUUUAUUUGUCCUACAACAACUUCUCUGCGCUGGACGAGGACAGUUUUGAGGGUUUCCUCAACCUGAAGCACCUGCGCCUCAGCCACUGCGGCCUGCAGAGCAGCAGCGUCCACCCGCAGGCCUUUAACCACUCCAGUCUGGUGGAGGUGGACCUCUCUUACAACAAGCUGACCACCACCCCCACGGUUCCAACGACCCUGCAGUACCUCUACCUGGAGGCCAAUAGCAUUCAAGAGUUCAACGUGAGGAGCUUCUGCAGAGAGGUGGGGCCUCUGUCCUACUCCAGGAUGAAGAUCCUACGGCUGGAUGGAAACAAAAUGGCACAGCACCAGCUCCCCCCUGACUGGGUUCACUGCCUCCGAGUGCUUCAGAGAAUUUUCAUCUGACUCGGAGAAUUAGCUAGUACACCGUGUACCCCUCUGACCCGAACAGGUGCUCCAGAGAAAAAACACGACUAAACCUCUGCCUGUUGAUGUCCAGCUAAUCGUGUCUGUUCUUCACAUUAAAGCUUGAAAUCAGACAGA